CGAUCUGCUUUGAACCUCACGUUCCUUAAGCUUCUCUAAAGCUCUGUUUUACCAUUCCCCAUAACAAAACAAAAACCCUGAAUGCGUUUUCUUUAAGGUAAAAGCGUUCUUGUUUUGUUUGAUUUCUUCUUCAUAGUCUCUUUCAACAUCUCUAGCUCCAUUGAAGAAAGAAUAUGAGAUAUACUCCAAGAUCACAAGGGAGAAAACUCAUCAUCCCUUCUUUCUUUUUCAUCAUAGCUCUCUGUGUACUAGCUUUCAUCAACGAAAUCAGAUUCGGCAGUUUACUGAGUUUCGGACGAUGUGCUUUGUCGAAUGUUCCGAUGACUAACGGUUCAUCGGAGACUCCAUUGUUGUCUUCUUCUUCUUCGGGUGGUGAUGAGAUUAGGAUUCUUGUCGGGAUUCUUACACUUCCCGAUCAGUACCCACGUCGGCAUUUUCUCCGGAUGAUCUACGGGACACAAGCUAUUCCCAACGGCGUUAAGAUCGACGUGAAGUUCGUGUUCUGUAAUUUGACUAAAGAAGACCAGAAAGUGCUUGUCGCUUUGGAGAUCAUGCGUUAUGAUGACAUCAUCAUACUCAAUUGCAACGAGAAUAUGAACAAAGGCAAGACCUACACAUACUUCUCAAGCUUACCAGAUCUGUUCAACGAAACCGAUUCACCAAACCCACCAUACCAUUACAUAAUGAAAGCCGACGACGACAUUUACAUAAGACUAGAAAACCUCGUAGCGUCUUUAAAACCAUUACCUCGAGAAGAUCUUUACUACGGCUACGUCAUUCCAUGUCAAAGCAUGGACCCGUUCGUUCAUUACAUGUCAGGAAUGGGUUACUUAGUCUCGUGGGACAUCGCAGUUUGGCUCAAAGACUCUGAAAUUCCCAAGAAGCAUCUAGAAGGUCCUGAAGACAAAGUGUUUGGCGAUUGGAUGAAAGAAGGAAGGCGAGGGAAAAAUCGGUUUAAUGCUAAAUGGUCGAUGUAUAAUUUCCCUGAGCCACCGACUAAAUGCACACAUGAGCUUUGGCCUGACACUAUUGCAGUUCAUUUGUUAAAGAACCAAGAAAAGUGGAUACGAACAUUGAACUACUUCAAUGUUACUAGCAACCUUAAGCCUUCUAAAUUAUACCACAUACCGUAGAUCGUUUUCUGGUUUGCUUUGCUUUCAUUUGAUUAGUAUAAUGUAUACUUUUUUUCUUUUAAAAUUGUUUUGUGAUCGUUAAUGUCCUUUAAUAAUGAUCUGUGUAAAUAAGUAUUUCAUACAUGCUCAAUAGUCAACAGAAUACUUGAGGCUUUUUUUAUGGUUGCCCACAAAGCAAUGUGCAACAUCAAUAUUCCUUGUCGUCUGUCGUCAAUAUUUUUUUUUGUCGUCUAUAAUCAGUUCAAGUAUAUUAGACUAUCACUGAACUUUGUUUCUAAAGUUGGCAGACCGUAAAUCUUAUUUUCACAGUUAGGAUUUUAUCUGUCAAAUCAAACAUUCUCAAAUAAUAUUGAAUAUACCAUGCAAAAAAUGCCCAAAAAAAAAUUACCAUGUAAACUAAAACUCUUAACAAGCUUUAUGUUGACAACCAUUACAUUGAUAAGACGGAUACAUGGCUAAAGAGAAAUCCAAAAGUGGGUUCUUACCUAUAUAGUUUUGGCUAAGAUUCUAGCAUCAUGAUUUCUUGGAAAUAGUGUUGUAUGUGAAAUAAAUAAAAGAAUUGAGUUGAUUAUAUAUGUUAACAAAUUGCACUUAUUUUGUUGGUCAUUUCUCCAUAAAAGAAUUUAAGGUAAGUCUUUGAAAUGGAAUAGCAAAAAUGUAAAUCGGAAGUGAUUUGUGAAGCCUCGCGUAUGAGACUAAAACAUGGAAAAGCUACAUAGUGAUUGCAUGAUUGGUAAAUAAAUCUUAUGAAUCCAAAAUAGUGAUCUAGCCAUCAUAUGGAAUAAGACUCGCAAACCGAAAGAAUAGACGUAAAGAACUAUUAGUCGUGUGUGGUGGGACGUAUUACAAAAACAUUACCAAAACAAGAAAUGAAAGAAAAUAAGAAAAGGAUAGAAAUAUCUAAAAAACUUUUAUCAAAAAAAAAAAAAUCUAAAAAACUUUGAGAUAUCUUGUAGGAUCUUGAGAUGUUCUUUCUCAUUGAUGGCUUGGAUUAACUUGUAAGCAUAUGAUUUCACAUGAAGUUUGUCCCAUUGCCCUUCAAGGGAGUGGGAGAGUGCUGAUUGGAUCGAUACAGCUCCUUGCAGGAGACGGUUGCCUGCUUGAUCAAACUCUCAACAAGCUUGAAAAACCAAAACUGACCACCAUUAAUUCUACCACUAAACAUAACAUCAAUUAAAUUUCUUAUAACUAGCCGGAAAAAUAGAGAAGAGCAUGAGACACCAAUACUACAAUGCUCACGGAACACAGUGAGAAGAACCAUAACUGGAGAUAACAUACAGUCGAGAGGAAUCUCAACUGGAAUCAGAAGAAAAUCUGAAGCAAGAAAAAACUGCAAAGACAAAAAGACCUAAAUACAAGUAUUAACAGAUUUUAGGGGUAUACUCGUCACUCUAACAUCUGAAGAAGAGAGGCUCCUUGGGGUUGAGGGUGAAUGGGCCUCAUGAAUUGGAUACAGCUUUGGCUGUGACAAACGUAACAUCACAGACGAAUUACCAAAAAGCUUUUGAGCUCCGUGACUUAACGAACCUCACCGCCAAGUGACAUUACCAUUUGCUCAUCGAAAGCAUUGGCCUCCUCCUUCCCCCCCCCCCCCCGCCCCCUUUUUUGAGUGUCUCGAAGCCUUUGCUACUGCUAAUAGUGCUUACUGUCUUCUUCAAAGGGGGAAAAGUCACCGUCGCCGUCGCCUAAUUCAAUCAUCGACGGAGGUGUUUAUCAAGCGACAAGUUUCGAAUUAGUUUUUCUGUCAACAGUGAUAGAUUAUGGAGCUUGGCUUUUGAUCGAUUUGAUUCUCUUGAUAUGUAGUUGAGGUCCUUGAGGAUGACAUUGUAUUGUGAUUACUCUGAUUGUUCCUUGUGAUUCUCGUUGACAUUGAUUCUAAUCGUUACUAGUUAUAAACAUGAUAAAAGCUGAUUCGUUUCCGCUUUGUGGCAAUGUAGAGUUGCUUCUGCUGCAGCCAUAGUUGUGAGGCUAUAGAAGAGAAUUCUUGUUUUAGGUGUUUGGAUAUCAGUUAGAUCCUUUAACGUGAAUAUAUUAAAUCCAUCUUAUAGAGAACAUAAUUUUGCUUAUAUGCACGUUGAAGAUUAUCAUGCCUACAAUAUAUAAUCCGUGCUGCUAUGUGUUUUUUUGGACCAAAGCUAGGGAUGCAUACUAUAAAAUACUUUAUUUGAGAGAAGCAAUCAACUCAGCUUAACAUGGGAGUAUUUAAGAAUACCAGCAUUGCAUGCCUUUGUUUGUAAAAUAGGUGAUAGCUAGUAGUAUAUCCAGCUAAUGUACAUGCUUCAGUUUCCAAAUAUGGCUCCUUUCAGACAAUUGUGCUUAAUUUUUCUUUGAAGUAUGUAACUAUACUGCAUAAUGGAACUUUUUAUUUCCAACAAGAAUUUGUGGCUACAGGUUUGAAGAAGGAUGAUUUAUUUUUUGGCGAUAUAAGCACAUUGUAUAAAUAUCAAAACACCAUUGUUGAUAUGAAAAUCGACGACCACUCAAGUGUGUCGACAAAACUGGAUGUGCAAUAUGUUCAUCCUCAUGCUAUGCUCCAUUCCAGUAUUGGCCUCAACCCAACUCCUCUCCUUGAUCUAUCAGCAAAUAUCGGAAGCCAGACUGUUUGCCUUGGUGGUGAAAUUGGUUUCAAAACAGCUUCCUCGUUACUGACCAAGUAUAACGCCGGAGUUGGUUUCAACAAGCCAGACUUCUCUGCUGCGCUCAUGCUGGAGGAUAAAGGGGAGAGUCUACGAGGGACUUACGCCCCACACGGUGAAUCCAACCACAUCCGUUGGUGCAGAACUGAUCCGUCACUUCUCCAGUCAUGACAACAGCUUUACCAUCGGAAGCUCUUAUUCUCUGGAUCCAUUCACAACGGUGAAGGCCAGACUCUCUAACAAUGGGAAAGCUGGGAUGGUGGUACAAAGUGAAUGAAGACUGAAGUCGCUCAUAACUCUCUCAGCUGAGUAUGACUCAAAGGCUGUGACUUCUUCACCGAGGCUUGGUCUCGCUCUUGCCUUAAACCAUAAAAGAAGGAAAGGGCUCUCUCUCAGUUUGGAAUAAAAAUUAAAGCCGUUCAGUUUUUCACCAAGUGCUAAAAACCGCCCCCAAAUGAAUGUCUGUUGGGUUAUUAAAUCACUUAGUGCACAAAUAUUCUUUGAUCA